AUGAGGUUAGAGGGAAUUACAGUGGGAUAUCAAGAAUAUUCAUCUCCAGAAUACGGUACUAUUAAGGAGGUUGUGGUCAAAAGAAUAAUGAUAGGAUCUAUAAUCGACCAGCAGGGGCUUGUGCAUGAAAAUGAUGUGAUACGGGAGGUAAACGGCACGCCAAUAGCUUCUGCUGAAGCACUGCAGGCACUGCUAAAGAAGACGACAAGCGGACAGGUGACAAUGAAGAUCAUUCCAGUAUUCCGGCAGAAACAGAUGCCAUCUCAGGUAAGGACAAUCUAG